AUGAGUUCAGCAAGCAGAAAUAUCGGAUUCGCAGGCCUCGGAGCCAUGGGCUUUGGAAUGGCUUCAAAUCUCCUCAAAGCCAGAUUCCACGUCUACGGGCUCGACGUUAAUCCGAAGGCCCUUGCUGACUUUGGCGACCUGCCCGGUGCAACUUCUGCUGCCACUGUUCGCGAUGCGAGCACUAACCAGGAGAAGUUCUUUGUAAUGGUUGCCACGCCGGAGCAGGUUGAUUCUCUGGUCUUUGGCGAGGAUGGUCUGGCAGAUACGUUGCCGCGCGCUACUAUACUCUGUGUGUUGAGCACGCUGCCGCCGGAUUAUCUUGGGUCGCUGGGAGGUAGACUGAGGCAGCGGGGAAGAAGCGAUAUUCGCCUUGUUGACUGUCCUGUCUCUGGGGGUGUCGUCGGUGCGAAUGCAGGCAGUCUUUCGAUAAUGAUGGGCGGUGACAUGGACACAUUAAGACAGAUAGAGCCAGAAUUAAAGGCCAUUUCAGCUCCGGGGAGGACAUUCCAUUGUGGUCCUUUGGGAUCUGCGAGCACGAUCAAAAUGUUAAACCAACACCUCGCGGGAAUCCAUAUCGCGACUGCUGCAGAAGCGCUGAAUUUUGCUAAAGUGCUUGGGCUUUCAUCUAGAGAAGCCUAUCGAGUUCUUAUGGACAGCGAGGCUGCCAGCUGGAUCAUGGGGGAUCGUGGGAUCUCAAUGCUGAAUGCAGACUGGAGUCCGAAGUCCUGCGUCACAAUCUUCACCAAAGACAUGGGUAUUGUGAAUGAUGCAGCAGAGAGUUUGUCAUUCCCCUGUCCCAUCGCAUCCGUGGCGCAUCAAGCAUUCGUUGAACGGGCUGCUCGUGGCCAUGGCCGAGAUGAUGAUUCCAGUGUCGUUUGCAAUUAUGAAGGAAUUACCGGCAAAGUAGUUGCUGAGGUGCAGGACUGCAAGGCAGUGCAUCUGUCAGUCAAGCCCACAGCUGAAGCUAGCGCUAUUACGUUCUUCGCACAGGACGAGAUGCCAUAUUUAAAGAACUUGAAGUCUGUUGUACCGUGUAAUACUGGCAACUUAUCCAGCCGGUUGGACAGCUUGCCAGAUGGAAGCAUUGUAGGGUUGAUCGGGCUGGACGACCAGUAUGGCCACCUGGCCUUGUCUUCCAAAUACCCUGGCAUUCGGUUCGUGGAUUGCCAAGUGGUGAAUUCGCACGACUUUGAAUCAGUUCAGGUCCUAUUCAGCGCCCAAGAUGCCGAUAUAAUGUCCACCAUGCAGGUAGUAUUCCCACCAGAGAUCAAACUUGUCCCAGUAGAUGGACCAUUCGGCGCGGCGUCAGCAAUGUUUCUCGUCAUCCGUCUGGCGAGUUUAAUCCAUAUCGCAGCGGCAGCGGAAUGCCUCAGCCUCGCUGCUGCGAGUGGUGUUUCGACACAGUUGGUGUACGAUCUCAUUGCCGGGGCUGCCGGCUCGAGUGCCCAGUUCAGGCACGGGGUUCCGAAAAUGCAGAAGGGGGAUUUUGGAGUAUCUGGACUUCAGAUGGGCGGGUCUUUCAGUAAUGCGAUGAAGGAAUUGCGUUCACUCAGGACUACACAGUUACGACUUGGAUUCCCAGGACGGCUUACGGAGGCUGCAUAUCAAAUUUUCAAGGGCGUCAACCGUGGCCUUGGGGAUGGGAAUAAUAUUUCUACUGCAGCCAUAGUCAAGUUUUGGGGUCCCGCAGACCUAAAUAAGGAAAGGAGUAGUGCAGAGGCGAAACUAUGA